AACCAGCGAGAAAAGUUCCUACAAGGAUGGAACAAUUACACUUGUCUCAAAAAAAGCAAUCUCCCCGCUCUUAUUUGCAUUCGAAAAAGCAGAUUCGAGGGCUCGAAAUUCGCAUCGAGGUAUAAACCCGCGAAAUUGAUUAUCAAUUUUGAAACGAGAGUAAUUCCACCCUUUCAUAAAUAAUUUUCGCGUUUUACGCGUUGUGCUUCCUAGAAGCGCGUUUUUCGUUUCGCGUAAUUAUCACGUUACAAGGAAUAUUAAUUCGAGAAUUUGGAGACAAGAAUUUGAAUCGAACGUUAAGGCUUGGUCUUCGAACGAUAGCGUCGAUAGCGACACCUGUGCGCACAGUUCGGAUCGAGCAGAACGGAUCGGCUUCGAAAAAGAAUGGAACGGGAGGGAUCGAACGUUGUGUGUUUUCGUCUCGUUUUACGUCGAGGGGUUACAUGUUGCCAUUUUCAUACGGGCGCGUUUUUCGUAACCGUACGUUUACGAGUUCGAUAACGAUUCAUCACGUAAUUAUCACGCUACGUCACGCCAUUGGACGGGAAUUAAUUUCGUCGAGUGCAAGGGGGGGAACGCAGCAAGUGAAGGAGGAGGAUCUGAUCGAUCCGUAUUGCGUCGAGGAUAAUCCCCAGAGGGUCCCUUUCAAGAGCGUCACGUCGGCCGCUUUCAAGAUCAAAUACGACAUCGUCAACACACCAUGCGUGAAAUCUCGGCUGUCGGACGCGAUCGGCGUAGAUCUUUACCUGAAGAAGGAUUUCCUCCAAGUAACCGGAAGCUUCAAGGAGCGCGGGGCGAGGUACGCGCUGAUGAUGCUGACCGACGAGCAGAAGAAGCUCGGCGUUGUCUCGGCCUCGUGCGGUAACCACGCGGCGGCAAUCUCUUAUCACGGGUACAAGCUUGGCAUACCCGUGACCGUGGUCAUGCCUGUGAUAGCGCCUGUCAUCAAGAUAAUCGCUUGUCGCCAAUACGGUGCCAACGUGAUCAUCCAUGGCCCCGACAUGGAGGAGGCGAGGCGUACCGCGCUCAGAACGGGCAAGGAGAAAGGGCUGAUUUACAUAAACGGGUACGAUCAUCCGGACAUUGUGGCGGGGCAGGGGACGCUGGGGCUCGAGAUCGUGGAGCAGGUUCCCAAUAUAGACGCCGUGGUGAUUCCGAUCGGAGGAGGCGGGUUGAUCGCGGGAGUAGCUCUCGCGGUGAAGAGCCUUCAUCCCGGUGUAAUGAUCAUCGGCGUCGAGUCGGAGAUGUGUCCAAGCUUCUACAGGGCGAGGAAAGCGGGUCGGCCGACGUACACAUCCGUAGGUCCGACGCUGGCCGAGGGUUUGGCAGUGCCAGUGGUCGGAUACAACGCUUUUGCGACCGCGAAUCCGUUGGUCGACAAAGUGGUGGUCGUGAGGGAAGAUUGGAUCGCCGUCGCGAUCUUGAAACUGCUCGAGGACGACAAGUGUAUCGUGGAGGGCGCCGGUGCUAUUGGGUUGGCCGCCAUCUUGGCUGGCCAGCUGGAAGAAUUGAGAGGGAAAAGAGUGGUGCUGCCUCUGUCCGGCGGAAACAUCGGCACGAUGGUCCUCGUCAGGUGUUUGGAGCGGGGAUUGGCGGUGGAAGGCAGGCUUUUGAAGUUCACAGUGACCGUAUCCGAUCGACCGGACGAAAUCGCGGAGCUUUGCAAAAUGCUUACGAACUCGGAUGUCUCGAUAAAGGACAUCAUGUACGAGCGGACUUGGAUCAUGACGGACUUCUUCAGCGUGGACGUGAGAGUGAUCUGCGAGACCAGGAAUCGGGAACACGCGGAACAAUUGAAGAAGAUGCUGUAUCAGAAAUAUCAGAAGAUUACGUUCGCCUCUAGCGACGUGGCCGCUCUGACUUUGCAUUAAAUGCGUGUUACUCGCUCCGAAACUCUUGUGAUCAGGAUGAGAUUCGAGAGUUAAUUGAAUUUAAUUAUCCCAGAGUCGAUGGAUCACGGAUUUUGAGAUCGAGGAAAACGAUCUUUCCUUUUCUUUCGAUCGGAUAUUUUAAAAAUACGGAGCGUUUGAUUAUUGGAAGCAAUUCGAGAUCGCUUUGAACGUCCCAGAAUCGAUGGAUGCGAUCGAAAAAAACGAUUUUUCCUUUUUUUUCGAUCGGAUAUUUACAUUUCUAUUGUAAAAAUACGAAAUUAUAAUUAAGAAAGAGUUUGAUUAUUGGGAGCAAUUCGAGAUCGCUUUGAACGUCUCAGAAUCGAUAGAUGCGAUCGAAGAAACCGAUUCUUCCUUUCCCUUUCGAUCGGAUAUUUAUAUAUCUAUUGUAAAAAUACGAAAUUAUAAUUAAGAAAGAGUUUGAUUUUUGGGAGCAAUUCGAGAUCGCUUUGAACGUUCUAGAAUCGAUGCGAUCUUUCGCUUUUCGAUCAGAUAUUUACUUAAUAUUUUAUUACAAAAAUAUGGAAGUUAUUGGAUACAGCGUUUGAUUUUUGGGAACAAUUCGAGAUCGCUUUGAACAUCCCAGAAUCGAUCGAAGAGAACGAUCUUUCGAUCGGUUAUUUAUAUAUCGUAAAAUUUUUAAGCGAGAGCAUAGAUUUCAAUUUUUAAAAAUAAUUUGAGAAAUGUUGAACAUCCCAGAAUCGAUGGAUGCGAUCGAUUUUUUCCUUUCGAUCAGAUAUUUACAUAAUACUUUAUUAUAAAAAUAUGAAAGUUACUAUCAGAGAAUACAGCGUUUGAUUUUUAUAAAUUGAAUUCGAAAUCACUUUGAACAUUACAGAAUCUUUCGAUUCUAGAAAACCAGCUUUCCUCGGAUCAGAUAUUUACAUGUAUCAUUAUAAAAAUUAGUAUUAAAAGAGAAAACGAUACCUGUUGUAAAAAUACCAAGAAUUACCAUCGACAGAGAAUACGACAAGUUUGUUUUUCCAAUUAAAAAUAAUUCUCAAAAGCCGCAAAAAAACAAAACCUUGGAAUGUUGCAUCGAUUUCCAUCGUAUUGAGUUAUCGUCCUCAAACGAGAAAAGUUUUUAAUUUCGUAUAAGGAUGGAACAGCUCGUCUCAAAAACCGGGUUUUCAAACGAGCAAUCCACCCGCGUUAUUUGCAUUCGAAAGAGCGGACUCGAGGGCACGAAAUUCACGACGCGUGCCGCGCAUCGAGGUGUAAAUGUGUACACCCGCGAAAUUGAUUAUCAAUUUCGACUUUGGUCGGGCGGGAGAUAGCGCGGGAACGAGGGUAAUUCCAUCCUUUCGCGGCUCGUUUUACGUCGAGGGAUUACGCGUUUUCAUACGAUUCGGUUUUCGCGUAACCGUUCGUUUACGAUUUCGAUAACGACGACCGUCCCUUAUUGCGGGACGACAGGAAAUUCCACGUCGCUUCACUGCCCUUCCUUCGCCAAUUAUUAUUAUUUUUCUACAAACGGAAGUGUGUACUAUAAUUGUGAGUUAAAUACCUUAUCUUAUACAUCUUCUUGAAACUGGAAACUGGAGAUCGAAAAUGGACUUAGUUAUUCACAGUGAUAAUUCUGGAAAGUAAUUCAAAAUGUAUCGAUUAUUGACUGAUGUGUAUAUACUUGCAGCUCGAACUGGACGAGUUUAAACUGGAAUGCUCCAUCGAGGAGGACAAACUCCGUUAUUAUUUCUUCCAUCCUUAACUCAAUUUCGUUCCGUUUGCGGAGGAAGAAGGGGAGAGAAUUGUUCGAGGAAGCUAUCUCUCCUCUCCCCUCCGCGAUAAUACUUUCUCCCUUCCGUUCGUUUAAAAGGAAGGGAAUGUUAAUAUUUUCGCACCGAGAGAGUCGAGUCAAUUUCAACGCGGCCGAAUAAAAAAUGAACCGGGCGGGAAAAUAAAUUUCCCGCGUGUUUUCGGCCGAGCGGCUGUCAGGGGAUUAAUGCAUCUUUACGACUGCUCGCUCGCUUUCGUCGCGAUGCAACGUGAAUAAUAUAUCGCACGCGUUACCUAGCGAAGAAUAAUAAUAAAGAGAGAGAAAAAAAAGAAAAACAGAAGAAAAGAGGAAAACAGUACAAAAGGCGUUGCUGUGGUUUCGAUUUGAAAAGCUUCUGAAGCUCCAAUGCGAUGUGUGACGAUGUGUGUCACCUUUCUAAUAUCGGACUGCUCCUCGGAUGAGUUAUGAUACCAGGCAAAGAGGAGGAAGAGGCUGCCUGCAACGAAAGGCAGUUCCUCUUUCUUUUUUUUUCCAACCCCCUCCGGCUCGAGACGCCACGCCAAUGGCGAAAAGGAAAACUGGAACAACAUUGCGCCACGGGGGAUGGUUCCCGGCUUCUCAACCAUUGUCGAGUUAGCCGGCUAAAGGGGAUGGAGAAUUUUUCUCCCUUUCAAUCAGGAAUCAGAAGAUAUUCGUUUCGAAUAAUUGGAAACCGAACGCUCUCCUUCUUCCAUCCCCGUUAACUUUCCCCAUUUCCCGCAUUUUCACGCGAAUUUAUCCGUGGCAAACCGUGGAUUAAGAACGGCUAAAGUUUUUCGGCCGAAAUUUUUCCCCUCGUCCCUUUUUUUUCUUUUUUUCCCUCCACGAGGAGAGAGAAAGGGAGAGAGAAAAAGUGGCGGCGGCCUGAAUUUACAGCAUUUAAUAUCGGCAAAAUGAAGUACGAGCGAGGACGGAGUGCGCGGCAAGAAGGCCGCCAUUUUGUGGCAUCGAUAAAUCCAUUUUAUUGCCCCGGCUUGUACGUAGGCGGUCUGACUACGGUUAGAGCCUACCUUUACUACUCUUACACCUUUCUCUGGUGUAUGUACACGUAUAAGAAACACGGAAUGAAGGAAAAAAAGGAGAGCCAACCCUCCUCUCCCCGCAUUUCACCAGAGGGGCAUCAAAUUUUAUUUUCCCCUUUCAUUCGAUCGCCUUUCUUCACGCAUCCCCCUCUCUAAAGGGGAGCAAGCAAAACGCAAUCUCGAACGCAAUUUCCCCGUUUGCGUAAAUUUUGAUUAAUUCUUUCUCCUUUCUUUUGUUCCCCUUCCUUUGAAGCAAGAAUUGUUACGAGAAAUGGUGAUUUAAGAUGUUGAAAAAAGGAGAACACUUUGGUUGUUCGAAAUAUUCGAAUUAUACUCGAAUAUUUUAGUCUCUCUUUUAUUCAAGAAUGCGCGUAUAACUUCAUUUUCGAAACGUGAUGAGAUAAGAUUUAAGAUUUUCUCCAGCCAUCUAAAUAUUGUGUAUCAAAGAGAAUAUAGUUCUGCUCUAAUUUCUCGAUUUCCAUCGAAGAAAGAGAUUUGACCGAGGCGAGGGGAAAAAUAUUCGAAAAAAUUGGUGAUGGAAUUUUUCGAGGAGUCGAGGGAUGAAAAUCGAGGGAUUCGGUUGAGAAAGGAUUUUCUCUCGCGGAGGGGGAGGGCCAGCAGAGUUUUCCAAGAUGAAAGUUAAUUCCGCUGGAUAAUCUCAGCCCCCCUUCCUUCUCCAUCCAAGAGGGCGUAACGAGGGCGAAGAAAGAUCUGUCACCCUUCCUCGCUCCUUUUUCAGCUUGGAAAUCUUGGAAGCGGAUCGAGAAGUUUGCCGAAUUUACGAGAUUUCGGGUUAAGAAGAGGGGGGCGGCCAGUCCCCUCCAGCGGAGGAGGGGGAUUAACUUGGUCGAGCCAUUCUGUCGACCGCGAGGGGGGGAAGAGAAGACACAUUCCCAGCAAUUAGCCAGCCCUAAUGGUGGGGUUCUCUGUGCAUUGAUGCACUUUCGAAAAAUCUUUGCCAAGUGUCCCCUCAUAUUUAUCUCAUCACCGAUGAGAAGAUUGCUCAUCGUGAAAUUCGAUGAUGAUUCAACGAAACUUAAUUAUCCGUGGAUCAUUAAUUACGAAUAAUAAAGAUCCAACGAGACGAUAAUAAUUUUCGAUCGAAGAAUUUAAAAUCGAAUAUUUCCCUCCUCCUCUCUCCCUUCCUUCUCCCCCCCAAAAGUUGUCGGCAAAUGUCGUAGCGAAACUUUGUCGCGAAUAACUUUGGACGAUGGCCGAUGGUCUCUCCUCCUCCUCAGUCGCUAAGUCCAUAAGACUUUUUCCGUACCCCGAACGGAAUAUUCGAGGAGAGGGGGAAUUUAGUCAUCUAGUUCGAACCCGUUCCACGUAAAGUAACGAAUGAAGAAAAAGAAAGAGGAGGAGGAGGAGGAAAGAAAGGAAGGAAAAAAAAAGGAAAGCGAAGAAAGAGGAUAAAGAAAGAGGAGGGGACAAAAAGAAGAGAAGACAAGGUUGGAUCAACCGGUGCAGAUUAAUCGGUCGGUAGUACGUCGAGGCACCGACCUUUUAAGAAGUCUGGUGGAGAGAAAGGGAGGGAGAGAGGAGAAAAAAGAAGAAGAAGAAGAAAAAGGAAACACCGUUCCAACCGUUACUUGGCUGAAAACUGAGAAAGUAUAUAUAUUCCAAGGAUUUCUUAUAAAAGCUUGCAGAACGCUCCGGUUAAACUGACUACUCUUUUGGAGGGGGAGGGGAAAAAGAAAAAAAAAAGAAAGUGGAAGAAUAUUUCUUCGUCAGAGAUUUAAGCGAGGAUCUAUUAAAUGGCGGCCAGGGAUCGUGAUUCGUUUGCGCGAGCGGGAGGACGAGGGGAGAAAAAGAAAGGUAGGCCCUCCUUGGGUGGAAGAGUUACUUAUUAGUUUUUAAGCCGCUUCGCGUCCUCGUGGAAUUAACGAGGAGCAAAUAAAUCCCAAAGUAGGGGGAAGAUUUCGUCGAACGAGAAAGUCCUCCCUUCCCCCCCUCGUUCGCCUUAAAAGCAUGAUAAUUAACGCGGGAGGGGUGUCGUGUUUUCUAUCUACACGGAGGGACUUACGCGCCAAUUUUUCUCCCCCCCCGUUCCUUCCACAAGUCGUUCGAGCGGUGAAACUCGGUAAUGGAAGACACGCGACGAUGAGAACGUUUCUACGAUGACCGAAUAUUGGGACCGAACGUUGAAUGGUUGGAAAAUUCGUCGAUUAAUAGGACUUUACAGUGUACUCGAUGAAACUGAAAAAAUUGUUGUCCAAAUCGAAGAAAUUUAGAACGACGGGGAAAAAUAAGGAGAGAAGAGGAAAAGAAAUUUUCUAUGCGAAUAAAAUAUAGGGAGUCGCUUUAUCAUCCUCGUAAUUAAAUUCAAUCUUAAUUUUAAAACAAGUUAAAAUCUCGCAAACUUUCCAUUUACUAAGCGUAGAAAGUUUCGCAACAAAAUUGAAAAAAAUACCUUAUCAUCGAACGCAAAAAAUCGCCGAGAGCAUCGAUACGAAGGCAGAAAUUAUUCACGUCCUAACUCGAUCGGUAUUUCACGGACAGACGGGCGCUCGGUUCGUUCCGUUCGUGGUCGGAUAUUUGCCGAGAAUCGUGGCACGCGUCGAGAAUACCAGUUUCUCUGUCCCUCUUUGCGUAGCUUUAUUCCUCGAGAUUAAAAGGUAGAUACACGGGGCCGACACUCUUCUCGCGGAUACGUGGCAACGAGUCCGCUCCCUUCUCAGGAUUCGAGCAGCUCGCGAAAUUUAUUUGUAGAAAAGUUUGCUCGUUAAAAGCGGCGCGGCGUGUACACCGCGUUCCAUUAUCAGCUCCCCACCCCCCCACUCUCUUUCGCAGCCGCGCGUUGAAACAAUGCUACGUUACCGACGGCAGAUAAGGUAGCUACGGGUUAUUUCGUUCUCUUUUUCCUUUUCGUUUUUUCACCGCCACUCGCAUUUCUCUCGGUUUUUCCGAGAACGGCCGGUGUGCUGCGUGCCGCACAGGGAACGUCUUUUUUCCCCUUUUUUCUUUCCGUGUCGCGCUUUUCCACCACCCGCUCUCUCUCUCUCUCUCUCUCUCUCUACAUUAUCAAAUUGGUAUUUAUCUUCCCGAUUUUUCGUCGCCGACCCAGCUUCUUGCACACUCGUUUAUUCCGGAAUAUACGUAUCGCGCUCGCUCUCCCGCGAACGAGCUCAAUCCCGAAAAUGAACAUUCAUCUCCGCGUUCCGUUUUUUCGGCCGUUUUCGAUUCGUCGAGCAUUUUUUUCUUUUUCUUUUCCUCCUCUUUUUUUUUCGAGACCAGGUAAUCAUUUCGAACGAACGAUUUUUCCCAAGCAAUUUCUUCGAUGGGCAAUCUUCUUCCAAAUUUCCCUGUUGAUAAUUCGCUCGAAUACGCGUGGUCAGUUUAUUUAUAUCCUCUGAUAAUUAAUUUUAUCAUCGUCGUGUACACGCUUCGUAAUUGAAAACAAAACUUUUUCAAUGAACCGUUGAUAAGCGAAAUUCAUACAUUUAAAUAUCAAUGAGACAAAGAAAAUCAAAGAAGAGGAAGAUAAAUCGUUUCUUGAAUAAUAAGAACAACGAGAAGACGCAACAUCCCGUGUCAUCUUCUUCGCGAUAUCGAUGCAAUUACGAUUUAAAAUAAAAGUGAUCGACUUAAAAAAGAAAUCACAUGCGAAUUUGUGAAAAAUAACCGAUAAGACAGAAUAAAGAAUCUCCCUGCCGCGAGAAAAUUCCUUCUCCUCACUUUCUUAAAAAAGAAUCUUAACCUUAUCACGAUCCACCAAGUCCGUCAAAUGAAGCGCAAUUUGUAACCAAAGAGGAGGAGGAGGAGGAGGAGGAGGAAGAGGCUUCCAGUUUGUUUUCGCCCGGCCUGUCCCAUCUAAAUC